UAUGGGAGUGGGGUAGCCUUGGGCUGAAAGCCAGUUGUUUGUUCUCAGCUCACAGAUCAGGUUUAUGGCCCUGCUUAAUUAUUUAUAUGGCUCUAUCUUGAACUAGCAGAGCAAGAAGGAAGUCUGUCAGUUUAUAAGAGGAGAGGCUUGCAAGCAAAAGGAAUACAGUAACGCACAGCCACCCAGCCAUUGCUAUUUUCUAACCCUGUGACCGUAUCCGCAAUGGCGCUGCCUGGGGACAGACUGCACCGCUCCACCUUAAGGGCUUAUGGGAAUAUAAUGGAGCAGCUCAACCCCAGUUUACAGAAGCUUGUCACCCUGGGGAAUAACUACAUUCAAGCUUUUCAAGCUCUGGCGAUGGCCAGUGAUGCUUACUUUGGAGCCCUGGAGAGGAUUGGGGAGCAGGCAAUGAAGACCAUGACCUCCAAAGCACUGGGGGACGUUUUGAUUCAGAUCUCAGACAGCCAGAGACUACUGACCUCUGACCUGGGAGGAGUUUUUCGCUGGUUUCACACUGAAGUGCUGCAGGAAAUGGACAAUAAUGUCAAACUGGACAAGGAUUACAUUGCUGGCAGCAGGAGGCACUAUGAGCUGGAGUUCAGGACUCGAGUGGCAUGUCUGGAGAAGCAGCAGACCCAGCUCUGGGCAUCAGAGAAACGCAGGGGCAGGAACCACAGAGACCUGCAGGAGCAGACAGAGUAUCUGCAGGGGGAGAUCCAGGGCUUCCUGAGAGACAGCAUGCAGGAGGCGGAGAGGGAGGAGCAGAGACGCUACCGAUUCCUGGCAGAGAAACACUGCGGGCUGAGCCAGUCUCUGCUGUACCUGCUGAGCAAGACUGCGGGAGUGCUGCAGCAGCAGGCCGAGGUGUGGAGAGAGAGGGUGAACGAGAGCCGAUCGGGUUCGAAAGUGAAAACGGGAGGCCGCAGCCCGGCUCCGAGCAGACCCCGUACUCCCUCAGGGAGACCUGCCUCCAGCCCUGCCUUCCUGGACAACGCGUCCUGGAGUUCCACAGACUGCUUCCGUCCCGUCCCCCAGUCUGGAGAGAGGGAGCUGGAGAGGCAGCACCUGGGGGGAGAGCGCACUCACAGCUCAAGACUGCCCUCUAGAGGGCCCUCUCCUCACCACUCCGGUUCCUGCUCUCGCUCCAGCUCUCUGGGGGAGGUUCUGGGUGUGAACGGUGGGCAGCGCUUUCAGGCCAUAACCUCCCACUCUGCUGGCUCGAAUCCCACCCUGCUGAGCUUCCACAGCGGAGCCCUGAUCACCGUGCUGGUGCCCACGCCUCAGAACGGCUGGCUGUAUGGCAGAGAGGAGGGCAGCGCCGGGCAAGGCUGGUUCCCUGCUGCCUAUGUAGAACCCAUAGGGCCAGAGCAAGAGACGGCACAGGGCAGAUCGUGGACUUUCAGAAGCAGCCAGAGCACCGGAGAUCUCCUCAACGAAGCCGCUCCUCGACUCCAGGAUUCACGCAGUGGGGCCCCGCCUCCUGCCCCUCCCCUUCCCAGCAAUCCUUCGAUGGGAUCGGUUGAUCGGAGCUCUUCCAAGCCCCCUUCUAGCAGCAGACUGCAGAGUAAUACAGAUGACAAGACAUCACCUGACCCUGGGAGCCAGCCAGAGUUAUUUCCACGGGGCUCAAAUCCAUUUGCUACAGUAAAACUGAAACCCACAACAACCAAUGACCGGUCAUCACCUCGGACAAAAUAACCUGGAGAGACCCAACGAAGAACCACACAGAGGCCCCUGUACCACAAGCAGUGCCACAGGGAGGAGCGCCACAUUCAGGCUGAUUACAAACUAAGCAUGCCUUAGAGAAACCCUUGCCAGCCAGGGCAGUUAAAAUUAAAAGGGGGGUGUGGGGGGGGUUGGGGCAUGGGGAUAUUUCUACUUAUUGAUUGGUUGCUGACAUUCCAAUCACAUAUGGUUAGAGGAUAAAAACCAUUCCCAUCACAAAUAUGACUGUUCCCUGCCCGUUCACCAUGAGCAGAGUUGCGUGUACAAAAGGGCCUAAUAAACCACUCGCUUUUUGGAGUGUGUGCAUUUGUAUGAACUGACUCACCACCUAAUGUGAUAACAGGCAGAUACUGUGCCCAGGUAAUCAAUAGAGAUGUGAAGGGGUUGGCUGAAAAAACUAAAAUAUCAAACUCAAACCCAGAAAACUUGUGCUGUUGUUCAUAUACAGCUGUAUUUUGUUCACGGUUAACAAGAUUUCACGAUCAUGGAGAAAACAGAAUGUCUUUAAAAGCUGGACAUACAAAACGAAAUAUUCUGCGAUUUAGCGUGUACUGUUGUUCAGGUACGUAUUUCAAUAUUUAGCAACAUUUGUUAUAUUAUAACUAGGCUUGCUACUUUUCGAUUGUAAUCGGCAAAGCUUGUCAAACGUCCUAACCCAAAAAUAUUAGUGUUAGACUGAAAUAAAUUUACAUGGGAUAAAUGUUGGUAAAACCUCGCUGUUUUAUAUUUUCUUACCAAAAAUAAUCAUUUAGUAAUCAUCUCUAGUCUGUGUAGUUUUUACACUUGCUCUCUGUCCCGCCUCCAUUCCGCUCUGAAUGGCUACGGGUCGCUGCCAGUCAUCUCAGUGGUCUCUUAGUAGGCUACUGUAGUUUCACUGUCAGUCAUUUCAUCCUGUUCUGAUAGAAGCGGUGCUAGAAAGCGAAAUGACUUGUUGAAAUGACUGUCAAUCAUCAAGACCUGCACCGACUGUGCCCUUUCAUUUGCCAGCUACAGUGCCUGUCAUUCAAAGCGCCCACUUUGAAAUUAGCGGGUGAAGGUGUAGGUACGCUUUUGCUAGAGGUAUACGGUGACAGGCACUUGAUUUAACAACAAAUAAAAGUCUAUAUUAGCCUUCAAUUUGGAAAAAAAUCAAAUCAAAUAGUAGAAAGCCUAAUUAUAACUGUAGGGCAAAAUUAUCAAUCUAGAAUGUGACACAGCUAUUUUUUCUCCUUUAAUAAAUAUUAUGUUUAAUUGCAAAAAUAAGUUUGUUUUUUUACAAUGAAAAAAGUACAUCCCAGCUCCUAUAUUGCAAGAGUUGAGCUUUGCAUGCUUUAAAGGCACAAAGCCAGCAGUUAUGAACCUCUGUAUCCUCCAAACGCGAAUAAAAUCCUCACACAAUUUAAAAUACAUGUUUCAUUGGGACCAGUUCAUAUACUGUCAUUUCGAUUGGGGUCUCUCUAGUGAGAGAGGCUGUUCAUUUCGAUUGCGGUCUCUUUAGUGAGAGAGGCUGUUCAUUUCGAUUGGGGUCUCUUUAG